AUGAUGGGUGUUGGAGCUGUACUUAAACAUGGUAUUUCUGUCAUGAUUCUUACUGGUUUCGCUGGAUUAGUAGCUGGUGCAUGCAGUAUGGCUAUAGGGGAGUUUGUUUCUGUGUAUUCUCAGCUUGAUUUUGAGGUAGCUCAGACGAAAAGAGACAAUGUGAUGUGUAACAGAGAGGAGAAUGAUACAGAAUCUGGGAAUGAACAACCACCAAAUCCUUUCCAGGCUCCAUUGAUCCGCCCCUGGGCGUCGGCUGUUGCAUUUUCAUUAGGGGCUUUAGUUCCAUUACUGGCAGCUGCCUUUAUAUCUGAACAUAAGGUGAGGCUUGUUGUGGUAAUUGCUGCAGUGACCUUUGCAUUGGUUGUGUUUGGAACAGUUGGAGCAGUGUUAGGAAAGACCCCGGCUGGAAAAUCUUGCGCCAGGCUGCUGAUUGGUGGCUGGAUAGCGAUGGCUGUUACAUUUGGAUUGACUAAGUUGAUUGCGUCUAAUGGAUUAUAA